AUGGAAGAAAAAGUGAAAAACAAGAACAAGAAGCAAAAAAAAUUGCACCCGAAUGAUCAAAAUUCCAAAAGUACCUCAGAUUUUGCAUUUAAGCCUUGUUCGGAUGUGAAGGGACUCAGAUUUGGCGGCCAAUUCAUUGUAAAAUCUUUCACAAUUCGCCGCGCACGGCUGUUAGAGCUCCUCCGCCUCAUCUCUCUCCCGCCGCCAACCACCACCACACAGCACCGUGAAAAAACAACCAAUUGGAAGUCGCCUUUUCCUUCAACCACCGCUUUUCUUCCCACGAACUUUACAAUCUUAGCGCAUCAUGCAUGGCAUACACUGACAUUAGGCCUCGGGACUAAGAAAUCAAAAGUAGUUAUAUUCGUUUUUGAAUCGGAGAAUAUGAAGGCGGCGAUGGACGGGCUAUGGCCGCCGGAAAUACCGCUGGGAGAAGUGAACAAGAAGCUGAUUAGAGGCACGAUGGGGUGUGAAAUGGCGAGAUUCAAAUUCAGGAAAGGAUGCAUCACAUUCUAUGUUUAUGCAGUAAGAAGAAUUGGGAAUUUAGGUUUUUCAUGUGCAGAUGAUCUUAGAACAAUUCUUCAAUCAGUUGCUGCACUCAAAGAUUUCAUUGACCAUACUGCUAUGCUCGCCAUGCCCAACCAGAAAAGUAUUAAUUACCGGGCGGUGCCACCGCCAGUCGCCAUGGCUCAUUAG